CCCCCCCCCCCCUUUAAUCAGAAUUCAUAUGUAAGGACACCACAUGAAACACAUCUGGACUUUACAGCACCAAGGCAGCCUUGUCUGAGGGACUUUAGAAAUGGAGCUUUAUUGCUUGCAAAUGCUCUCCGUGUUUCUGGCCAUAACUCUGAGGAACGUUCAGUGCGAAGUUCAAGAUGAAAACAUUAUUCGAUACAUAGAGAAACGGAUUUUGGGUCUGGAGGACAGACUGCUCAAGUGUGAACACAAUGUCCAGCUAUUCCUCCAUGAAAUUCAAGAACUGUCACACAAGUUGGUGUCAAGUAUGGCGAAGUUCAGUAAACAUAAAGUGGAGGUGAAGGGUGACAUGGAAAAUCUGUGGGAAAGACUGGAAAGAGCCGAGUGGGAUAUCGACUACCUGGAGAGUGCAAGCGCCUCAAAAGCCCAAGUGGAAGUUGAUGACCAACUGAUGGAGAAGCAACUUCUGGAACAGGCAGAAAAGAAGAAACUACAGCUCAAACUCAGCACAAGUUGUUCAAUAAUGCUGGCACAAAUCAAGUCUUUAAAAACGGUAAAGAAAUCUGGGGGCGCUGUUGGCGCUUGGAUGAAGAACACAGGUGACAGUUCAGAAAACAUCUAUUACUUUUCUUACUACAGCAAGGAUAUGCUCCUAGAAUUUGCCAACAUUGAUGAAUUCACCAGCUUGGAUUUUCUGCAAAGAGCAGAAUCUAUAUCGCUGCCGUUCCCCUGGCAAGGAACUGGCCUCCAAGUCUACAAGAAUGAGGUGUUUUUUCACAAGAAUGGCACAACAAAUGAAAUUGUUAGAUACAACAUUCAGAAGAAUACGACACAGUCUAUGCGUCUGGAGGGCGCCGGGCUUAGUCCACCCUACCAGCUUUCACCAUAUACAAAAAUUGAUCUCGCCGUAGAUGAGCAAGGUCUUUGGGCCAUUCACGCUGAACCUGAAGCUGAUGCCAUUCUUGUCCUUACAAAAAUAGACCAGGCUGACAUGGCAGUGACCCACGUGUGGAACACAACCUGCAGCAGCGACAAUGCGGAGGCAGCCUUCGUCAUAUGUGGAACUCUAUACGUCAUGUACAAUAGUCCCAGUGGCGGCAGAUCCCAUAUUGACUGUAUUUUUGACACCUCUGAUGUCAUUGAUGGCCAUGAAACUCCUACUCUGUACUUCCCAAAGCGAUACAGCAAUCACUCUUCAGUGCACUACAAUCCGAGAGACCAAAUGCUCUAUGCUUGGGAUGACGGCUACCAGAUCAUCUAUACGUUUGAGAAAGCAAAGAAGUAUGAAAAUUUCUGAUCUACAAGGGAACGUUGAAAUGGGCCGAAUUUAUCAGCAUACCUGCAUAUGGUGUGCGUUGCCCAUGACAAACAAAAAGAUUCCAGUUAUCAUUUCUCCAGUGUCGGUUGAAUAUAUAAAGAAGACUCUGGCCUCUUGCUACCGUGUUUCCCCGAAAAUAAGCCCAGGUCUAAUAUUCAUUUGGGAAACAAAAGACACAGUAGGGCUUAUUUUU